AUGUGCCCAAUCUGGGAUAAGUCUUCUAAUCAUGUGGCUAUGGAACUGUUACCAUACCUGAGUGCUGAACUGCUCGGUCCCACGUUGCCAUUGGCUGACUCAGAACACCUGAUCCCGCGCGAAGAGCGUUCUGCUGCGCUGAUUGGCCAACGCCGUGAGGCAGGCUCACACGGCAGCGAAGAAGUGGGCUUCCCCGAGGGGUUUGUCAAGAUGGCGGCCAAAGGGCAGCUGCUGGCUUGGGGAGGACGGGAUAUUUCACCAAAAAAUGGCAGCAAAGUGUUUUUUUCACAUGAAGUGUAUGAGAAGUAUUCAUUGGCUCCAAGCCUCUCUGAACUGUGGCAUUUAUCAAACAGAGCGGCAAAGAAGAAUGUGGAGGUGUGGGCAAACUCUUCAGAAAACAGGCAGACUGGUAGCAUACAAGCUGCAGAUCCAGUCGAAAUGGAGACUAAAAGCACAACUUUUCCAGAACCGAGAAUCCCUUAUCCAUUUACCUCUUGUUUGACUGAGAAGGAGCAGAAAACAUAUUUAUAUCUGAUGACUAAGUACUCCAAAAAAAUAAACCAUCUUCAAGUUAAUGCAGCAAGUCAAAGAGAAUUAUUCACAUAUCUGCAAAUGAAGGAAGUAGUAAACAAUGAAAUUGCAGAAUUUAUGAAAUUUGCCCAAAAUGCUGCAAAAAGCCACGCCAAAGAUUAUGAUGUCAUAUCUGAAGAUGCGCUGCGCUAUACUGAGGAAUUGUUACGUGCUUGUAUUGGACAUGUGCAGAAGUAUCCCGAGUUCUACACACUCCAGGAGAUCAUGAGUAUCAUGGGAGGAAAGUUUCAUACACAGUUGGCCUUUAGGCUGGAAAAAAAUCUUCUCGUAAUGGGUACAGCAAGACGUGGAAAAACAGGUUUUCCUGCCAUGCCUGUUGAGCUGCCCACAGAUUAUAAAACCAUUGCAUCUAUUAUAAGUCCAGAAAAACGGGCUUCUAUUGUGCACAGUGAUGUUAGUUCAGAUUCAAAUGCAGAAAAACUUGCUUUGAAGUACUGUCCUCAAGUUGUUCUGAGUAAUCAGUCAUUAUUUACUUUACUGAAUAAUCAUGGACUAAACUACAAGGAACAGUGGGAAAUUCCAGUUUGUAUUAAAAUGAUCCCUGUUGCAGGUAGCAAACCAACUAAAGUGGUUUAUGUUGAUUCACCUCUGCUGAAAAAGGAAAUGACAGUAAGAGAGAGAAACCAAAUCUUCCAUGACAUUCCAAUGGACUUCCUAGCAACUAAAACAUCUUACGUUUCGAUUUCUGAUGUAUCAAUGGACAAACCAGCUGAGGACAAUCGCUAUCAGUGGGAUAUGUCUUGUGAUACCUACCAGUACAGGAAGAUUCCUCUUCCAGAUGACACAGGGAUGGACUUUGAUGAUGAUGUUACAGAACUGGAAACUUUUGGAGCAACUGUCAAACUCUCAAGAAUUUCUAAAAUGGAAAGUACUUUUCCUACAAUUAGUAGCACUGCUGAAGUUUUAUCACAUGGCCUGAAAAUGGGGGAAAAAAAUGCAUCCACCAUAAACAGUGGAGAUGAAGGAGGGAAAAUCACCAUUUCUGAGCAAGGACUGCAUGCCAGCAUGCAGCUUCCAUCAUUAGGUAGCGUUCUGUGCUGUAGCCCUGAGGAAAAUGCAUCUUAUAAAAGCUUUAAUUCAGAGGAGGUAGGACUAAACAAAGCACAGCAUGUCAUGACCAAAGAAGCACUGGACAAUGAAACAAAAUUAAAUACUCUAUCUAAUGCUGUUAGUUACAAGAAAGAGUCUGAUCCUGCACAAAAGAAUGAGACUUUCACUUCUUUAUGCAGUAGUGACACUGAUGAAGAGCGUUUGAUAAUUGAUACAGAAUGUAAAAAAUGCUGCAAAACAACUGUAGCAAACCCUGUUUUUCAUACCUCAGCAGAGGCUGCCAAAUCACCUUCCCCCACCCAGAUUCCAUUAGCAAGCACGACUGAUUGCUCAGAUACCAUGGAUCAGGGAAAAAAUGCCUCCAGAAAGCCUAGAAGAAAGUUAUCCAAAGAAUUUGAUCCUGUCGGACAGAUUUUGAAAAUGCAAACUGAACUUCUCAAGUCACCUUCCCAAAAACCUCAUGAGCAGCCAGUGACGAGCUGUGAUAAUUCUAAUGCUAUGCCAGCCCACGUGCCUCAGUCUCCAAAACCAGUGAUGACCUCCAGCACCGAGACUGUGCCAACCCCUGCCUCCAAUCCCAACAGCUCAUCUAGAAAUACCUGGACUUGGCUUUUUCAGGGAGUGACAAAGG